AUGAACAACGUUUGUCCUCUUUAUGAAAAUGUCGUUGCCGCUACUCAAGCUCGUGAGAAACCCAUCAAUAUGCAUGAUCUUGAUGCUCUCCUAUUGUUUGCAGAACGUCGCCUUGCGACGGCUAUGGAACUUCCCAUGGUGGUCUCGUUGGCCGCGGUUCUGGCGAUCGCUCUGGGUUUCUGGUCGUGGUCCCGAUCUUCGCAACCCAUUCUCUCCCUCAUGACCUGUUUUUACUUCUGGUCGCGGUUUCCCUGGCGCUUCCUAUGGCGCCUCUAG